CCAGUCGCAUGUUCUCUCUUCUUCAGAAGAGGGACAUGGCAAAUCAGACAUUACAGGGCCUGUCCACCCCCCCCUUCCUCUGAGGCUACCUCUGGAUCUGUCCCUCCUCCUCAGAUACUUGCUGAAUGAAAACCGAGCUCUUUUGAAAGAGAAGCCCUAAUAACAGUAAAAGACAGGCUCAUAUGUGUUUUUUUUUUGUUUUUUUCAGACUUUGUUGAGAUUCCAAGAAGUGCAGUGCUGCUCCUGGUUCUCACUCUGGUCAAAAUAAGUUGUUGUUGUCUGGAUCCUCCCUCUGCCUAUAGGUUUACAGGAGCUGUUUGCAGGCUCACCUAUCCCGCCGCUGUAGUCCUGAAUGAGAAAACUACUGAACUGAUACAGGUCGCUUUUCAGCAUGCCAGAUAUCCCAGCGUAGAGGGACAGCGAUCAAUAUAUAGGCAUUGGGACGGUGAAAUAUGGAUUCCACAACUUAGAGAUCCAUAACCUUUCCAUUGGAAAGAGUGAGUGAGCUGAAAGAGAAUGAAGGAAUAGGGAUCUCUACUUCAAAUGUGUCUGCUGUAUUCAAAGGGACCAUCAACUAUGGAUAUGGCAGCUGGCUACUCGACCUGAAACAGUCAGUGGAUUUUGAAGUUGAGUCACAAAUUGACCUGGUCAUCAAUCCAAAACUAUGCGAAUGAAUCUCAUUCACGCUGAAGCACUGAAAUAGCCUACAGGGGAGAUGUAGAAAGGGAUAGAUCUACUAUGAGUGAUCCAAGGAUUAAACUCAUGGGAUUAUUUUAAGGUUCUAGAAUGAUGGACAACAAAGGCCAUAUAUUGAUUUUGUCAUAUAUUGAAAUUCAUAUAAUUUUCACAUUAUAUGAAAAUCAUAAUUUAAGUAGGUGCAGUAUAUUAAAAAUAUAAAGAAAUAUGGCUUCAGUACCAUAUAUAAAAUAAUAUAGGCAUAAUCAGGAAAAUCAUGCCUUGUGCAUUAUAGGGAAUAAUAUUCUGCUCAGUGGCAACCGAAUGACUCAAGUGGGGGCACUGCAUCUGGUCGACUCAAUGAAUGCCUGAUAAAGUUGUUGCUGUUGAAGUCAGUCUUGGAGUGGAAGAUCAGUCUCUGAUUAAGUUUGUGCUGGAACAUGUCAAUGGCAAAACUCUUAGUUGGUCUUGACGACAGGCUAAGGGAGUGCAGUUUUGAGGUGAUACACUUGAAGAAGCUUGUGGAAAUUUUGAACAGAUGCCCUAGACUACUUACAUUAGAAUUGUCUUCUAAUUCACUGCACAGUCAAGGCCUUUUCUCUUUACUGGACAGCCUGGUUGAGCUGUCCACAAUCCAAACUGUGAAAUUAAGAAAUAAUGGUCUGAGUUCUGAGCAGAUUGAGUAUUUUGUUGAGCACUUCAUUAGCUGUCACCAACACAGAGACUUCAGGAUUGAAGAGCCGUGGCUGACAGGAAAUGCUGUUGUCAGUCUCAUUGCCAAAUGCCUCAAUCUGCAGCCACACAUCAAAGAAAGCAGGGUCAACCAUGCAUCCAUAAACAUCAUUACAGAGGGCAAUUCAAGUCUCAGCUCCACUUUUGUAGCUCAUCCUGAAAAGUUUUCACCUGCUCUGAAGUCCAUCAAGUGUGUUGGUAUUUUGUUUGAUUCUUUGAUGACUGUGACAUAAAUGGACAGCAUCUCGCUCCUCUGACACUUCCCUUUCAGAAAUGCCAUGCCUUGCAGGAUUUA